CACAACAUUAUCACCAGUCCCUCACAGUGUCUCCCGCCGAAAUCACUAUGUGUUCCCGCGCUUCUGUCGCCUUUACGUGUGUUGUCGCUUUAGUAGUCGGCGCUCCACAGAAGAGUAUUUUCAAUGAAGGGGGUUUAAUCUAUUUCCCGGGCCAAGAAAUACCACACACACUGACUACAACAGUAAGACCAAGACUGGCCGCGAUACAAGGGGAAAGAAAGAGUAUUCAAAUGUGUAGGAAGUAUGAGACACAGUGUGUACGACUGACAAGAACCUCAAUAGAUAGUUACGAUGAUGACUACGACCAGGCAGAACCACUGAUCAUCAACGGCACGGCGGCCGAUACAAGUCUAUUGCCUGGCUUGAUUCUCAAUGGCACUGACGCUAAACCCACUGAAUUUCCUCACAUGGCUCUGAUCGGGUUUGACAGCUUCCUCGGAGUCCAGUGGAGAUGCGGAGGAAGUCUCAUCAGUGAACAGUUUGUUCUGAGCGCCGCUCACUGCAACGAUCGUGCCGGAGGGCCGAAGUACGUUCGUCUUGGUGAUUACAACAUGAUGUCUAAUGACGACGAAAAUUUGGGCUAUUCCAAACCACAGGAGUUCAAGAUCAUCCAAGUAAUAACGCACCCGGAGUACGAUCAAGAUAGGGGCUACAAUGAUAUCACUCUGUAUAAACUAGACAGACCAGUUGUCUUCGACAGAUUCAUUAAACCGAUCUGUCUCCAUACUGAGUACAAAAUACCAACAAGUAACGGCAUCUUAUCAGGAUGGGGCGGUAUUGAGUAUGGAGGACCAAUGACUGACAUCCUCCAAAAAGGCAAUGUUUCAUUUAUACCUGAACAAGAGUGCAACAAUGCCAUAGGCCCAAUUAUGAAGCAAAGAGAUGCAGAACUGAAAGAUAAAAUGAUGCUGUGUGCGGCCAACUUUGUCAAUGGAACAGACACCUGUCAGGGCGACUCUGGGGGUCCGCUGCAGUACCUGCGGCCUGACUCCUGUAUGUACAGUCAGGUGGGGAUAACGUCCUUUGGAGUCAAAUGUGGCAACUUCUACGGGCAACCCAAGUAUCCAGCCAUCUAUACCAGGGUGUCCUCUUACAUACAAUGGAUCGAGACCAACGUCUGGCCAUAGGAACUGACGAUCUACUAUUUGUUGAAAGUAUUUGUCUACAAGGGAUCUAGUUAAAAGUCUUGCUCGAUUGUUCCUGAGACUAACGCCUGGCUUUAGGAACUGCCAGAUCCACAUAAGUUGUUAAAAAUAUUAAUAUGUAACUUAUUCGUCAGAUUUCUGGAAUCUCGUUCCAGCUCAGUCUCAUUAUUGCGACUUAGAAAAGCCUGAAUUAAAGAAAUAUUGAAUUUUGUUUUGAGAUUUGCGGAGUAUGUCAGCCAUUUUAAUUCCAAUUGAAACCAGGGGCUGCUCCAGGUAGGGGGAGGAGGGGGGCUAGGGGACAAGACACUUGGCCCUAGGCUAUUAUUGGGACUGGUAUACAGAGUCCAGAUUACCCUAGACACACAUACAACACAGAAAAACUUAAUAUGAGGCUAAUCUGUACUCUGUCUACCAGGUAAGCUAGCUGAUCCAUAUCCUGUACAUAACAAUCCAUAUUUACAAUUAAGUUAUUGCACACUAAUGACCUCCCUAGUAAUUUAGAUUGCAGAUGGCACAUCUGUGCUAGUAAAUCGGAAAUAUUUGAAUGAAUGUGAUAAUCAUAUUAAUAAAGCAACUGGACUGUCUCUGCCAAUUAUUGUGUUUUGAUUCUAACUAUUUGAGUAUAAAUUAAAGUAAAACUGAAAUUAUAAUAUUUACUUUGAGACAAAUUGAACAAUAUAACAGGGCUAAGUCAGUAAAUAAGCUUCUUGGUGUUACUCUUGACCAAAAAUUAAUACAGUAUGGGAGGAACAUACCAACAACUUCUAAAAUGGUUAGUUUUUUAUUGAUUGAGAGAACUUAAGACGUGUAAGUCAAGAGCUAAUGAAAACCAUUCGGAUUUGUUAUUGUUCGCUAAUAUGUUAUGGGAGUGCUGGGGCAGAAAGAGUUAUUUUGUGGCAAUACGAUUUUUUUGUUUGUUUUCGAGUUUAGGGAUAGCGCUAGGAGUCAUUUUCUACGCAUAAUAUAUUAUGACUGUUCCAUGCAUUUUUAUUUUUCAGAAUUCAAUUCAUGUUUAGGAAAAUUAUUAGAGACUUCAGUUGUUUCAGGGACAUUCAUAUAAACAUUUGAGACUGAUGGCUGUAUAUAAUUGUAUAUGUGUAAUAUAGUUAGAUAAAAAAAACAUGUACCUAAUUUAAUAUUAAAAAUGAUCUAUGUAUUCUUAUAA